AUGGCAAAUGCGGUGUCGCCUUUACUCAUUCCUGAAAUUGCAGGUCUCAUAUGCGAUGUUGCUGAUUCCAGAGAUCUACUCAGUUUGGUUCUUACUUGUAGAGUAUUUUAUGAUGCCGCGUCUGCUCGUCUGUGGCGUACACUUCAUCCACGCUCCCUUAUUAGCUUGCUAAAGGUCAAAAGUACACUUGAAGGGAAACACCGAGUAAAAAGUUUGUCGUGUGAUUAUCACCAACUCAUACAAACAUUUCGCUGGUCUUCCCGCGACGACCCCACUUGUCGUAAAUUUGAACUCGAAUUCUUUGAGUAUUUUGGCUUCCCCAACCUUGUUCAACUCGAAUUCUCAUAUAUGGCAGCACAAAGCCAAACACUCUACAAAAUUAUUGCUGCUAGUCCACAUCUACGCUACAUUGAUCUCUCUCAUUGUUAUUGUUUAUCAACACAGGCCAUAUUACCACUCUUCUUUAUGCCACAUCACCACCUACAAACUCUGAUUUUGUACGGAUGCGGUCAAAUUGAUCCAGACACCCUGGCAACCCUUAUUAUGCACCAUCAUCAAAGCUUACAAUGCAUUCGCCUCACAGAUAUCAACGAUCGGGUACUUGAAUCUAUUCAGCAAUGUGUUGGCCUAAAAGAUCUUGGGCUAGAACAUUGCGCCGAGGCCAAGCUAUCUGCAGGUGCCCUUUCACGCUUCAGUCGCCCCACAAAAACAUACUCCGGAUUAGGACUUGAACGGUUACGGUUACGAGACAUUGCAAGUCUGUCAUCUGAUCAUUUAAGAGGAAUUGUUGAUGGUUCGCGGUACUCUUUGUUACACCUCGAUAUCAGCGAAUGCAACCGACUCUCAAGCGAAGGAUUUGUCUAUCUCUCCUCUCAAUGUGUCUUGCUUGAAACUCUCUUAUUGGCUUAUCAAGCAGGUGUUGAGGAUGAAGCAAUUCAACUUCUAGUUCUGCAUUGCAAUCGUCUUAAACAUCUCGAUGUCUCUGGGUGCAGGUCGUUAACAGAUGAGGCGUUCCGUGCAUUUGUAAACGAGUCUGACAUAACGCCAAUUGCAUUGGAGACCUUGGAUGUGAGUGGAUUGGAAUCUGAAAUCUCACGAUCCAUUCUCGGUAGUCUGUUGAUGAAACUGCCUUAUUUAAGAGAGAUGAGUUUAGGUGCAGCUUAUGACAGAGAAGAUGCCAAUAAGAUCCUUGAAAAGGUUAAUCGCGUACACCCGUCUUUUCACAUGGAUAUUGAUCGAACUAUUUCACGCGAAUGA